AUGCCGCCGUCGCAUGGCGGGAGCAGGAGCGGGAGCUGGGAUCUCCUCGCGGGCAUGCGCAAUGGGUACGAGCAGUUCGACUCGAGGAACGCGAGCCAGGCACACCUCACGUUCGCGGAUGGGGAUGUGCCCAAAAACAAAUUGUCCAAGUUGUAUAACUAUCUGCUGAAUGUGUCCAUCGUGACGCGCUGGAUGCUUUUCAUCAUCCCGGUCCUCGGCAUACUAUGGAUUCCUGGUAUUCUUGGCUUUACGAAGUACCCCGACACGAGGAUCUAUGGUGUCAAACUGAUCUUUUGGAGUAUAUGGUUCAGCGUCAUUUGGGUCGGCUGGUGGUCUUGCUUGGCUUUGGCCAUGGUACUGCCACCUCUCUUGCGGGUCACUAUCGGUGUCAUAAUCGUCAACUCACGGAAGUACAUCGAGUGGUUUGACGCCCUCCGCCGAUAUGCCGCAUUCAUGGCGUGGUCGAUCACAGUGUUCGUGUCGUAUCAGCCGCUCAUAAACUCCACGCAGAGCACGGACGACUCUUCGUCGCAGCGGGCGGUCGACACCCUGAGCAAGCUGCUUUUCGCGCUUAUGCUGUCCGCGUGCGUGCUCUUCGCCGAGAAGCUCUCGAUUCAGUUCAUCGCGGGCAAGUUCCACGAGCGCUCGUAUGCCGAUCGCAUCACCAGUCAAAAGUUCGCCGUGCGCGUUCUCGUAACGCUCUACCAGCACUCGACGGACAUCCCGUGGCGCGCGGACACGCUCCGGGACGGCGGCGCCACAGAUCCUAAGCGCAAGUCCACCUUCAACCCGCAGAAGGUCUUCAAGAAGGCGCUAAAGGGUGUGCGCUCGGCCGCGACCACGACGACGACGGUGCUGGGCACGGUCGCGUCUGAAAUUGCGGGCACAUCGCUUCUGCAGCCCAACUCGCCGCAGGCGAUGGUGAAGACGGCGCUCGAGUCCGCGAACAAGUCGAGGCUCCUUGCACGGCGAUUGUUCUACUCGUUUGUGCGCCCUGGGUCGGAACACCUCCGAGUCGAGGAUAUCGAGCGCUUCUUCCCUACCAGGGACGACGCCGAUGCUGCGUUUGCGAUUUUCGACAAGGACAUGAACGGCGACGCUAAACGGGAUGAGGUUGAGAUGGCCUGCAUGGAGGUGCAUCGUGAACAGCUCUCGAUAGAGCAUUCGAUGCGUGACUUGGACAGCGCUGUCGGCCGCUUGGACAACAUCCUCAUGAGUCUGUACUUUGUCAUCGUGAUUCUCAUCUUCGCAGUCGCUUUGGAGGCGCAACUGGCCACGCUCAUCACCAGCGCCGGAACCCUUGUCCUCGGUCUCAGCUGGCUUAUUGGUGGCAGCCUCUCGGAGGUGCUCACCAGCAUAAUCUUCCUGUUCAUCAAGCACCCGUACGACGUCGGCGACCGCAUCAGCAUCGCGACCGAGACGUACACGGUGAAGGAGAUGCGCCUUCUCAGCACGAUUUUCCUCGACAGCAACGCGUGCCAGGUGCAAGCACCGAACACGUGGAUGAACACGCAGCUUAUCCACAACAUUCGCCGGAGCCCGCAGAUGUCUGAGUCGUUCUCAUUCGAUGUCGCAUUCAGCACCACCUUCGAGCAAAUCGAGAGGUUGCGUGAAGUGAUGCUUUCCUUUCUGAAGAACGAGCGCCGUGACUUCCAGCCAGCAUUUGACGUCAACGUAGUCGACAUCCCCGGUCAGGAAAAGAUGACUCUGCGUGCCGACAUCAAGUACAAGAGCAACUGGCAGCAGGGCACGCUCCGAGCCCAACGCCGCAACAAGUGGAUCUGCGCGCUCAAGACGUCCAUGGAGAAGGUAAAGAUCUUCGGCCCCGCCGGCGACCCGAACGCGCCCUCCGGCCCGUCCAAGUACACCCUCGUUCCGUACGAGGAGGUCGUCCGGAAGGAAGAGGCAGAGAAGGCGCAUGCGACACCCCCGGGCAUGCAUGACAAUCGCUUCCCGACUGCCGACUGGAUGUUCUCGGACCCGAAGAGCACGAUUGUGGACCCGACGCAGGACGUGUUUGGCGAGAACGACCAGGUCAGUACGGUUUCCAUCGCAGCUUAG